AUGAAACCGCCUAUCCAGAACCGUUUAAUACCAUGUAUAUUGGUGUUUUUCCAACUUGCUUUGUGCUCUGGAUACGAGAGCAUCGAAAUUUAUAAUUUUUCUAAUUUGUACGAAUGUGAUUGGAAUAUUUAUAAUAAUACAGAGAUACUGAAGGAACUAAGGGUAAAAUCUAAAGUUUCUUGUGCAAUUCUUUGUCUUCAGUAUGAAAUGUCUUGUCGUGGUUUUGAACUAUACAGAAUGUCGUCUGUUACGUCCUGUCGCUUGUUCUACACGGCUUCGCGCCAAAACUGUGCACCGUCAUCUUCAUCGACAUCGUCUUUUUACAGGCGGAAAAUAACUUACGAAAUGACUACUUCAAUAAUACUAACAACGACAAUUACUGAGGAACUCACUACUUCUGAUAUUCUUUGCCAAAAUGGCGGUACUCUGACCGGAAGCACGUGUUCUUGUGUGUUUGGUUGUUCUGGUCAAUACUGCCAAACCUGUAUUAAUGAAUGUAAGGAUGCAACUGGGGUAUCUGGAACAGGCAUAGCUUGGAUAAAGCCGAGUGGAUUCGAUGUUGCAAAGCAGGUCUGGUGUAAUUUUGACCACGGUGUAACAUAUUUCCAAGUACGCAAAUUUGGAAAUGUCAAUUUCAAUCGUUCUUUUGCCGAGUACGAAAAUGGUUUCGGUGACGCAAAUGGGGACUACUGGCUCGGGAAUAGGUAUGUGUAUAUACUGACUAACUUGAGAGGAUUUAAUGCUGGAUUUACUCUGAUGAAAUCUGGUAAUAGCGUCAAGAUAUAUUACUAUGAUUUCGUUGUAUUGGAUUCAACGGCCAGCUAUGCAGUACAAUACUCGUCAACAAGCUCAGCUUCAUACCCGGCAUUCAAUGGUAAAGCAUUCCAAGCAUACGAUACUGUAAGCGCAUGCGCUCUGUCAAUUGGUUGCGGUUGGUGGUUUGGAUCAACAUGUUCUUCUGGAAGUCUAAAUGGACCAUAUCCAGUGGCUUACGGAGUGUAUUCUGGAGCUACAACCACAUGGAUAGGAAUAUAUUGAUGUCAGAUGGACUUUUCAAAACGUUCUUAUGACCCCAUCUUAUGUCUUUUAGACCAAUAUUCAGAUGAAUUCUCUUCUUGAUUGUUUGGGGAGUCUAAUACAUAAUCAUACUCGUCCAAUAUUUUAAUCAUACCAUUCCAGUAUCUUGAC